UAGAAGACUGGUGGUUUGAGCAAACACUAAAAUGAGGUUGCUAGUUCUGGUUCAGUUGUUAGGCUCGCUUGCAAUUCUUGUAGCUGGCCACAUUGACCACUGGGAGAGAUUACAUCGCGAGCCUCCAAUUCGAGGCCAACCGACGAAAAUUCCUCGUAUUGUCGAAACCAAAUGGAUACGGCAAAAAGUAGAUAAUUUUGACCCCCAAAAUCCCUCCACGUGGAGUAUGCGAUACAUGGAAAAUGCUGAACACUAUCAACCAGGCGGACCGUUAUUCAUUUAUGUUGGCGGAGAGUGGACCAUCAGUGCUGGUAGUAUAUCGCGGGGACAUUUCUAUGAUAUGGCGAAAGAACUUGGAGCGUACCUGUUUUACACAGAGCAUCGAUACUAUGGAUUGAGUCGUCCUACUGCGAGCACGAGAACUGAUUUACUAAAGUUUUUGAAUAUCGAUCAAGCGCUUGCCGAUUUGGCAUAUUUCGUAGAGGAAAUGAAAAAUACUAUUCCGGGUGCUUCAAAUGCAAAAAUAAUUAUGGCAGGUGGUUCCUAUUCAGCAACUAUGGUAGCCUGGUUCAGACAAAAAUAUCCCCAUUUAAUAAAUGGGGCGUGGGCAUCAAGCGCUCCGUUGCUGGCUAAAUUGGACUUUGUUGAGUACAAGGAAGUAGUGUCGGAAUCGAUUCGACUUGUUGGUGGCGAUGACUGUGCCAAUCGAAUCGAUAGAGCUUACGAUCAAAUUGAAGACCUAUUGAACCAAGGGGACUUCGAUAAAGUGCGUGAAGAGUUUCUUCUAUGCGAUACCAUAGAUUUCACAAACAAGCUAGAUACGGGAAGUUUCCUAAGCUCAAUAUCAAACUAUCUAGCUGGUGUCGUCCAGUAUCACCAGACAGGAGAUAUUGAGGGUGUUUGUGAGAUUAUAAAUGAUGAAUCGAUCUCGAAUGACAUGACGGCAUUGGCCAAAUGGUUUACCCAAGGCGUUAGCAGUUGUAUGGAUAUCACGUAUGCCAGUUCUAUUAGGUAUUACGUGAAUACAGAUUGGAAUCAUGGAGCAAACCGUGGAGCAAUGAGACCUUGGACGUACCAAACUUGUGCAGAGUACGGAUGGUACCAGACGUCGGGUUCUGAAAAUCAAAUCUUUGGAUCAGGAUUCCCAGUUGACCUUUACAUUCAAAUCUGUGCUGAUCUAUAUGACAAUAUGUUCACAGAAACUCUCCUGGAAGCAAAUGUGGCCCGAACUAAUGUUAUAUACGGUCAUAUGCAACCGGCGGUGACCAAUGUGUUCUUUACUCACGGUCAGCUUGAUCCGUGGCGCCCGAUGGGACUGCAGGAGGAUCUAAAUGAACAUUCUCCAGCAGUUGUAAUUCCCUUGGCUUCGCAUUGCGCCGACUUGAGUUCCAUCAGUGCCGAUGAUUCACCAGAGAUGCGAGCGGCUAAGGAGCGUGUGUUUGAACUCAUUCAGCUUUGGUUAGGAAAUAGUACAAACGUUCCCUAGAUGCAUGCAAACCGAUUAAAUGAAAGUGUUGAAUAAAAGAAUUCUUCAAUCGUU